AUGUACAGCAUCUUCACGAUGUUGACUGCAGCUCCGCUGCUUCCCCGUUUUUCUAUUACGAUACUUCGAUCCUUCUUAAGUACUCCUCUUCCUACGAGAUCGCGAUCUUUUUCUUUUAUCCAGUAUACUAGCUUCCGCAUCGAAAAGAAACCAGUCUGUCCCUUUUUUCACACAAAAUUAAAACUUCUAACAAACUUUUUCAUCACCAAAAGAAAUCUGUCAUCUUCGAGUCCCUAAUGCAGUAGUAUGAUUUGUAUUGUAGCAAGUAGAUGCUCAUUCGCAGCAAUUACUAGGACGAGUAAAGACACCGGCUUCGUGCAAGACUUCAACAGAUUGGAUUCGGAACAUAAACAUUCGCCAAGGGAAUAAUCCAAUAUAAAAAA